AUUUUGAAUGAUUACAAGGAAUGGAUGGAAAGUUCAGUAUUUUAAUGCGUAGUGAAAACAUACUGUAGAAUGGUAAUUAAGCUUGAUAUAAUAAUAGAUUGAUAUUUUCUUGAAUUUUCUUGUUUCUGUACGUAGUACUAUAUCCACUCGGGCAGUGGCGGCGGAAAUUAACUAGGGCUAUAGCCUCCUCUAUAUAAAAAUUGGGUAAAUUUAGAGAAAAAUUCAGAAAAAAUUAGCCCACUCCAAGAAAAUAGAAACUGUUCUGUCGCCACUGCACUCAGGUGAAGAUAUAUAUCAUGUUUGUGAUGUUGUUUAGCUUUGAGUGUGUCCACUGUCUUUGAGUGUGACAUGUCCACUCUAGGCAAGCAGAAAAGUUUGCUUGACCACGGUGGGAAUCACGUCAGUGACCUUUGGUUUGCUAGUCCAACGCUCUACCAACUGAGCUAUGUCAAGUCGGUUUGAGUGGGUGAUAUUUUGGAACUCAGUCUAGUUCCUUCGAUAUUAGACAGUGUGUUUUUACGAUCUUGAAUUUUUAGAGAAUAUUUUAUACACAGCAGUGAUUGAAAUAUGAUGCCAAUUACUUGAUUGCUCCUUGCCUUGUUUAUAUUUCCUGGUGGGUAAAGGUUUACUUUUUGAAAAGCUUUAUAAUUGUGGUUUGCCACUCCCCAACCCUGGGGAAAGGUGGUGGUAACUAGUAACCAGGGCUGUAAAUACUUGUUACAAUUGUAACACGUUACUGCAUGUGUACUUGUUACAUUUGAAGUAAUUUUAACCUGUAAUUAAUUACGUUUUUAAAAAUGUAACGAAAAACGUAAUUAAUUACAAAAGCAAGGAACGUGUUUCUUUUCCAAGGAGCAAAUUGAAAAUUCCUUUUCAUAUUUUGCAAAAAUAAGAAAUAAAAAAUACAACGUUGCGACAAAAAUUCAGAAAAAUGGCUGAAAUAAUUUUCAACAAGAUUUCACAUGACAUGAUAGCCUACAUGAAGUACUAUUUAUUUGCGAAAGUGGAACCACAAUUUGUUUCGAGGCUCAGAGCGCCAAAUAUUGGCAAAUAAAGUUUUAAGUUUAUAGCAUGCUUCGAUUUGCAUGUCAAAUGUUUUAAUAUAUUGAAAUAUCAUCUUGAUAAAUUCUUGCAAAUUUCAUAGUUUAUACCGUUUUUAUUUACAACUACUGUUUAAUUAAGAUAUUGUCUUAUAAUAUAUAUAUAGUAACAAUUUGCUGGUAAAGGAAUUUGUAAUUAAUUCCUUUUUUCCGGAGUAAUUUUUUCAUUGUACUUAAUUACAUUUUAGAACAAGUAAUUGUAUCAGGAAUUUAUUACAUUUUAAAGCAAGUAAUUGUAAUUGGAAUUAAUUCCUUUUUCAGCGGUAAUUUUGCAGCCCUGCUAGUAACAGGGAAAAUAAUAGGAAUUUUGGUGGGAUUUUAUGCCCAAGGCCCUUGGGUAUAUUUCCAAAGAUUUGUCUGACAGGUGUAAUUUUGAAGAAAGUGAACUUUUGUGUAAAUGGUUAUAAAAGGUUUCAUAAUCAAGAACAGUCCCAGGUAUGUGGCUGUACGUCAAGUUUUGAUUUGACCGAAAUGACAAUCCCUAGGUAAGGGGUCAUUUGUGUGUAUUUGGGGAUCGAUCAGUAACAAACACAAAUCCCCACCUUUCCCCAGGAUGGAGGGUUAAAUCUGUUUCAUAAUUGGUUAAUGUAAAGGACAAGGGCCCGAAGGGGUCUAAAAAUACACACUGAACAUCUUCUACGUCAUUUUUUAUAAAUUAUAAGAAUUUAAUUCUAUACCUUUGUCAUCUUUUGUUUCAAAAGGCGAAGAAAGCACCAAGAAAAUUGCCUGCAUGUUUUCAACAAGGAAUGGGCGAAUCUGGUCUUUGUGAUAUGACAUUUGAUGGCAAAGUGUAUUAUUGUUCUCAAAAAGAUGACUGUAAUUUUAUCUGUAAUCAAUUGAGGUAUUUCUACAAGCAGUGGUGGCAGAGCAGUUUUUAUUGGGGAGGGGAUGGGGAUAUUUUCCAUAGUAUUUUGCCCAAAAUGGUAGGACCAGCUGGAUAGCAAAAGCCAAGUUACUCAUUCUGCAAUGAUUUAUGAGAAUAUUUUGUAUUAUAGAGUCAGGGCUGCUGAGAGAUGUUGUGUGGUCCAGGGCAAAAUUUUCCUUGGGGCCCUUAAUGAUGUCUGCAGGGACCUAAACCCCAAAAUAGGCAUACAUGUACCUAAACCUGAGCGACUUGUUACUGCUCAAUUUUUGGAUGUCAAAUUGGCCCAUGCAAGCAGGCAGCGCUGUAUAGAGUUCAUUGUCAUGGACUUUUGCAUCCUAUUAUGGAUAAUUGUCUGUUGUUAGACAUCAAGUAAGCCGUGGGCUGUUGGCCAAAAUUAUUUCGCUUCGUGGCACCCAUGUGGGAAAUACUUGGUUUGGGGUUUAUUUGAAAGGCAUAUAGGUACAUCACUACCAAAAAAAGUUCCCAAGCAAAAAAGUUGCCCAAUCCCGGAAAAUGGGUGAUCAAUGAUUAUCCUCUAUUAAAUUGUAUUACAGCAAAAAAAUGGGAAAUUCUGUAUUCAAUUACAAUAAAAAUGACUUGCAUUAUUGGAAAACGUACAAAAAAUCGCAUAUAAGACUUUUAAACAGUUUUUUUUAUUUUUCAAAUACCGGUAGUCUUUGAGUUAUUGCUGUUUUAAAUGUGAAAAUUGGACCAAAAUGUUGCAAUAAGGACUGGGUACUAGGUCAAAAACGCGUUUUUGACAACGUAUAACUCGAAAACAAUUUUAGAUAUAAAAAACUGUUUAAAUGUCUUAUAUGUAGGUUUUUGUAAGCUUUCUGAUAAUGCAAGUCAUUUUUGUUGUAAUUGAAUACAAAAUUUCACAUUUUCUUGCUGUAAUGGGUCAUUCCAGAAAAGAUCUGUACUCCCCCCACGGAGGAAAUUUCUGCCGUCCGGAGGGGGAGGGGAUAAAAAAUUGUUUCUGACAAUAGUAAAUGUAUAAUUAGGACAUCCGAAGUAGACGGCCGGCCAAGUCAUCAACUUGUACAACUGGAUGGCAACUUUAUGUUAGAAGCUGGUAACAGGAAUUUUCUUAUAGUUCAAGCCUUGGUGAACAAGACUACAUGUGUUACCACUUCUGAUUUUUGCUUUAUAGCCAAAAAUUUGAGAAUUUUUAAAUUUUGCCUAUUAAAUUACUAUGAUCGGAAAAAAUGUAAAAUUUCAUGUUCUCUUAUACGAAAAAUAAACUAUACCACUAGGAAGAUCGUAAAAAACUAUAUAUAAGACAAUUAAGUGAGUUCUACGUUUUUCCAAUCCUAUUUCGAGGUUUUAAUGUUAAAAAAUGCAGAAAUGACCAAAUUAAUGCUAAUUAGACCCAUUUUGCCAACUUUAACCAUUUUUAAUUCAAAAUCGGCUCGAAAAUCACACUAGUCGCUUAAUUAUCUUAUAUAUAGUUGUUUGCGAUCUUUCUAGCGGUAUAGUUUAUUUUUUGUAUAAGAUAACAUGAAAUUUUACAUUUUUUGCCUCAUAGUAAUUUAAUAGGCAAAAUUUUAAAAUUCCCAAAUUUUUGGCUAUAAAGCAAAAAUCAGAAGUGGUAACACACACAGUCUUAUUCACCAAGGCUUGAACUAUAAGAAAAUGCCUGUUACCAGCUUCUAACAUAAAGUUGCCAUCAAACUCUCUUUAGAGGCACUUUUUGCCACCUUGGCCGGCCAACUAAAGGGGGUAGGGGGGUUAACUUCCUAUUUCCUCCGUGGGGGUGGUAUGGGCGUUUUCUGGAAUGACCCAAUACAAUUUAAUAGAGGAUAAUCACUGAUCACCCAUUUUCUCGGUGUUGGGCAAUUUUUUUGCUUGGGAACUUUUUGUGGUAAUUAAGCAUCUAUGGUUCUAUGAAUUGAACCACAGAAAAUCUAUUUCCCAGGGGGGUGCCACGAAAUUGCUUUUCUAGGCUCUUUUUCGCCCAACAGCCUACGGCCUAAAGGAUUAAAAUUAGGUCACAGUAUCUUCCUAAAAAUUAAGCCAAGGGUAGCACUUCAUCUAGCUAGAUUUCCAUAUACUGUAGCAUGCUAGUACGCUUCUGUUUCUCACGAACAUCAGGCACCAAUGUUGUAGGUUGGGGAAUACUCCAGUUGUUGGCUUUGACAUAGAAUGGAAGGUCACUUUUACAAGUAAAGUGAGAAAGACAGCAUUAAUUCAACUUUGUCCAUCGAAAGAGAUAUGUUAUCUUUUCCACAUAUUUAUGAUGAAUGGUAAAGACUAAAGUAUAUUUGUGUUGAAAAGCAAAAUAAUUACACAUAUUGUCAUAUUCAUAUAUUAAUUAAUUGACAUUUAAUUUAUCAUUUUGUAAUAUUUUUUAUCACAUGACAGGUUGUUAAUGUUGUUUUUAGUCCAACUCUAAUAUAGUCAGUGUUAGUCAGUGUGUACAAGUUGAAGGCAUAUGCAUUUCAUGAGAUAGUGAAGGAGAUGUUAGAGCUGUGCAAACUCCGCUUAUUUUAGCUUCGGCAGUCAAAACUCCGGCUUAAGGAAAUUUCAUAUUUAAAAGUAGAAGCAGGCGAAAGUAUUUCAGUGUAAUUUCAGAAUUUAUUUUAUUCCUUUUUGAGAUUCUCCUUUAUUUAUCAAAUAUACGUGCUUCGGUGCUUGUUUAAACAAUGUUUUGUAGAAAGUAAAACCGCAUGGCAGCGUGUUAUUUUCGCCCAAAAUACAUCGGGGUCAGCGGAUUUUUGUAUCAAAAACAUUGAACUAUAAAUAAACUGGACGGCUAACUGCUAUGACGAAGGCCUAUGAUUUGAUGAAGCCAAAAUAGUUUUUCUGAGUUAUGAGCAGAAAUACUUGACCCCAAACGUCAUAUAUAUCAAAUUGAAGCUAUUGAAAAUUGCUAUUCGGUGUGGAAAUUUCAAGACUUCAGCGAAAAGGAAAAUAUUUAAAAAAUACAAAAACAACUGCAAAACGGCAAAUUAUCGGUAAUUAUGUUUGUAGUUUUUCAAUAUUUCCCUUUCAGCUAAAGACGUGAAAUUUCUACACCAAAUAGCGUUUUUCAAUAGCAGCUUCAAUUUGAUAUAUAGCCCAACGUUCAGUGUUGAGUAUUUCUGCUCGUAACUCAGAAAAACUAAAAUGCACUGGCUUUAAUCCCCCCCCCCCCCGAGUUAGCCUUCCAGUUUAUUUAUAGUUCAAUGAUCAAAAGCGAUAGCAAUGCGCUUGCAGAAUUUUCGAAGCUACGAAUCGGAUCGGAGCAAGUAAUUAAACUUUAUAGUAACUUCAAAUCAUUCAACUUAAUUUUUCCAUUACCAAAAGUUCAUUGAAAAAUGAAAUAAUUUUUCAUAAUUUUGUCUGAAGGUGUUUUCCGCGGCUCCGGCAAAAUAUGCCGGGGCUCCGGCACACAGCUCUAGGAGAUGUUGGUUGUAUAUCCCUCCUUAGUUUACUGACUUUCUUGAACCCUUAUUAAAAUUUCUUUUACCCGCAGGUUUUCCAUCUGAAUUGAAGUUCAUCCUUGAAAAUGAAGCAAUCACAAAAGUUGGAGUUGGUAUACAUAAGUAAGUCGCAGCCAAUUUCUGCAAUACAGUACUCAGUGUUUUUGUUUCGUGUUGUUCCACUGACAAUACUCUGUAUGUUCUUUAGCGAUAUGCAGAAAAUCAGGAAAGAUUUUGAUAUCAAUGCAAAAGGAUAUUUAGAACUCUCUGAUUUGGCAAAUACGAAGCUUAAAUCGUCUGAGAAAUGGAGUCUUAAAGGAUUAACAAUGAAUUUG